AUGCCGUACUACACGACAAUUCAUAUCGAAACGUACCGUAGCCUGGCCUUCGCUUGCAAACAGGAAUUGAAGGCCUUCGUAAGUGCUUAUACCAUUUCCAUCCUCUCUGUUGCCUCCAUAUAUUCCUCGUUCCAUAUCGCCCAGUAUGGUGUCUCCUUCUCCUCCACCACCAUCAUCAUCAUCAUCAUCAUCAUCAUCAUCAUCAUCAUCAUCACAGCAACAGCAUACCUCAAAGAACAAGCAACCGCAGCUUACAGCUACACCAACAUCGACCACUACUGCUCCGUCAUCGCCACAGCCAUCCAACACCAGAGACCGGCUGUGCACCUCUACUUCCUCGAUCGAAAGGCAGCAGCAGCAGCAGCAGCAGCAGCAACAGCAACACAACGUCGCGGUAGUGACAGCUUAAGAACGUCGUCAUCAUCGACCUAA